UAACACUUUAUCUUCAAUGUGCCAUGAAAUGAAUAUAAGUUUUCUUUUCCAAGACAUAAGUCUAUAUCAAGCUGAGCGUGUCAAAAAGCUCUCUGUGUCUAGCGUGCUAUCUCUAAAGGUUCUCUCGAAAACCUUAUGCGUGAUUGAUUUAGACUGCGCGUUAGCUAACAAAACUCUUCAAAAGUUUUCAGAUUAUCGAUUUUUUAACACGACAUACAGCUGGUUAUUGUUGAGCGAUUCUCAUCCCUCUGAUUUGGAUUCAAUUUUAUGGAGUUUGAAACACAUCCAAAUGAACUCGGAUGUCACUUAUCUGCGCGCGGUCGAUCAGGACAAUCGAACUCACUACGAACUGAUGGAUGUGUACUCAAAGGGACGCCACAUUUGCAAAGAUAUUUUCCAAACCGGCUACGGUUAUUGGAGUGAAGACGAAGGAUUGCUACUGGUAUCGAACUACAAUAGCUAUUACGAGCGGAAGAAUUUCGAAGGAAUGAAGCUGAGAGGAACUACUGUUAUUGAUCGGGAUAAUGUUACCUCGGAUGACGUCGAUAGGAUUCUUUCAGAACCUGGCAACGUUCCAGGAAUUGUAGUUUUUGUAAAAUAUCACUACUCUUUGAUGUGCAUUUUAAGGGACUUUCAUAAUUUCAAAAUCAACUAUCGCGUGGCUAGAGGCUGGGCAGGACGACUUCGUUCCGGGUAUCGAUUAGGGCUGCUGGGAAUUUUGUCUCGUAACGAAGCUGAUGUUGCUGCCACCGGUAUUUUCCAGCGGAUUAAUCGUCACGCUGAGUUUGAUAUCAUUCAUCAGAGCUGGGAGUUUACUUCCGGGUUCAUCUAUCGGAUCACUCCGCAACUAAGCUCAGCUGUUGGUGGUGGAAAUUUCUUCACUCCAUUCGACGACAACGUUUGGAUUGCCUCACUUGUAACGAUGGCACUGAUCCUUUUUUCAAUCACAUUGGUCACCUUUUUUGUCAGCAAAUAUCUUUGCUCCGAACGGAAUUCUUCGAUUAUGAGUCAUUUCUUGGAAAUCGUUGCUACGACAGCUCAGCAAGGUUUAUCGGAAGACGUGUCUCCCAGCAUCUGUAUCCGAAUUAUUUUAGUAUCCUUGUUGCUGUUCAAUUUGGUCCUGUACAAUUACUACACUUCGUCGGUUGUAGGUGGAUUGCUCAGUUCUCCAGGCAAGGGCCCCGAAACUAUUCAAGAAAUUAUCGAUAGUCCAUUGGUUGUCUCUUUCCGGGACAUCGGAUAUCACAAAAUACUUUUCAGAGAAACAACCGACCCCCUUAUUCGGGAGCUAUACCAGAAAAAGGUCCAACCGUCUCGUGAAGGACAAGAUCUGGUCGAUGUGUACACCGAUGUUGAAACAGUUGUACCUUACCUAAAACGUGGAGGCUUUACCUUUCAUUGUGAAAUGACCGAGGCUUUCCAGGAAAUUGCGAACCAAUUUGAUGCAAAUGAAGUGUGCGAACUGCGAACGGCUAACGGACUUCUACAUGAUUUGAAACUAACAAGUUUUGUUUUACCAAAAAGGAGUAUGUAUACCGAAAUGUUUAAAAUAACAAUGAUGCGAGCUCAAGAAAUUGGACUAGUGAAGCGUAACCUUAAAAUUCAUCGUAUCGAGAAGCCGAUUUGUCAAUCUGGGAGUCGGGUUAAUCCGGUGGAGAUAUCGGGAGUAACAAUGGCAUUUGAAUUAUUGGGGGGUGGAUUCGUUCUAGCCGUGUUUUUGAUGUUAGUUGAGAUACUUUACUGGAAAUCAAUAUUGAAGAAAUCACUGCUAGUGUUUUCGACGUAAAGAAGUAGAAUGGUA